AUGGAUCCGUUCACUUUCGCGUGCUCAUCCGAACUGAAUCUACCACUCGCCGUGAAGGUUACCCGCCUCGAAGGUUAUGAGAAGCCACUGCCAUACUCCACGCUGCUCAAGCGGCCAGAUCUACGGCACCGUGGGAGCAAUCUCAGCCCCAACUCCGAGCUUUAUGUGACUGUCCAACCAUUUGCGCAUUCGAAGCCUCUGACUGUGCCCUCUCAGACGCCAUACAAGCACUUUAAGAAUGGCCGAGUCUGGAAUCAGUGGCUUACGCUGCCUGUCAGCUACAGCACGCUUCCCGCUAACACUCAGCUUGCCAUCACUCUCUGGGAUCUAAGUCCGAUUAAUCCUAAAGGCGGAGACCGGAACCACCACAUCCCUUUCGGAGGCACGACAAUACCACUGUUCAACGAGGAAGCUACGCUCAGGACAGGCCGGCAGAAAUGCCGGAUCUGGCGGCACAAAGCUGCGGAUGGCUUCUCCGACACGACCACGCCAUGGCAGGAGCGCAAAGGUCGGCUUCGAAAAGGGUUAGACGAGCCUACUGUAGUCGUUGAUGAAAAGCAGAGUCGGCGUGAGGCUGAGCUCGAUCGGCUUGUAGGCUUAAUGAAGCAGCAGGAAAUGGGCGAAAUUCCAGAGUCUAAGUGGCUCGAUAGCAUGGUGUUCAGGCAGAUUGAAAAGCUUGAGCGUCAAUCUGUACGCGAUACUCUGCGGCCAAAGCAGCCAAUCCAACCCAAUGGUACAGCGAUCAAGCCAAGCGAAGACGGCGAGCCGAAAGUGACGCUAUGCGCUGAAGGCGAUCCAGAUCAUAUUGACGGUGCCUUCUUCUUGUACAUCGAACUUCCACGCUUUGACCACCCAAUCGUCUUUACAGACCACGAAUAUCCGCCUCCGCCCGCCUCGAGCAUCCAUUUGCCUCUGUUACCAAACGCCUCCGGGGUCAACUUCAAGCCGCCACCUGAAGUACACUUCGGCCCUGGCAUAAAUUCUGACGCCGCCAACACUAGCGAUACAGACGGUGGAGGCAGGCUCAUCCGCAUUUACGACCCCGAAGUGGGCUACGCUGACAACCCUGCCGAGACGAAGCAUCGCCGCCUCAUUCGGGGCCAGCGGAAUGCGCUUGAUCGCGACCUCAAGCCGAAUCCGAAGAUGCGCGACUUCCUGAAUCGCGUAAUGCUUUACGGACCGACGGUAGAGUUGAGCGACAAGGAGAAGGAUGAGGUGUGGCGGUUUCGGCAUCAUCUGACACGAGACAAGAGAGCUUUAACCAAGCUUGUCAAGUCUGUCAAUUGGAACGAGCAAGCUGAGAGCCGUCAAGCCAUUGCUCUGCUACCCAAAUGGGCGGAGAUUGACGUAGAUGAUGCGCUCGAACUGCUCGGUCCAAGCGUGCAGAAUCCAGCAGUGCGCGCCUACGCGGUCGACCGUCUCCGCAAGGCCGAUGACGAGGAACUCUUACUGUACCUGCUGCAACUAGUACAAGCGCUCAAGUUUGAGCCGCAGCAUACAAGGGACGAUGAGACGGACUCGUCGCUCGCUUCCUUUGUCAUUGCUCGAUCUGCGGGCAACCUUAAGCUUGGCAACUUCCUCUACUGGUAUCUCAUGGUCGAGCUCGACGACGAAGCACCUACGCACUCUGCGGAGAACAAGAAGCUGUUCGCUCGUGUCAGCUUCGACUUCAUGAAAGAACUCGAGGCGACGCCGCAGGGCCAAGCUCGACGGAAAGUGCUUCUCCGACAGGGUGAGUUGAUUACAGUGCUCAGCAAGAUUAGCAAAGACAUUCGCAGUUCACGCGGCGACCGUAUUCGGAAGAUCGAGCAGCUCAAGAAGAUGCUCGCUGACCCAAAGAACGAGCUCCUUGACUUCGAUCCGCCUUUACCGCUUCCAUUGGACCCAGAUGUGAAGAUCACCGGUGUAAUACCAGAAGAAGGCAAUGUCUUCAAAUCCUCUCUAUUGCCGCUUUACCUCAGCUUCACCACCUCCACCAACUCCGCGUACGGCGUGAUCUUCAAGACUGGCGACGACCUUCGGCAAGACCAACUCGUCAUCCAAAUCAUCGCUCUAAUGGACAGGCUUCUACUGAAGGAGAACCUCGACUUGAAACUGACACCUUACCGUAUUCUCGCCACUUCCACUCUGGCAGGCGCCGUGCAAUUCGUCCCAUCCACCGCCGUCUCCGCCAUACUCAACAACUCCAAAUACAAGGGCUCUAUACUCGGCUACCUUCGUUUCCACAACCCUGCUUCGUCUGACACACCCUCGGUUCUCGGGGUACGGAAAGAGGUGAUGGACACGUACGUCAAGUCCGUGGCUGGAUACUGCGUCAUCACCUAUCUUCUAGGCGUCGGGGACCGUCACCUGGACAACUUGCUCAUGACACCCGAUGGACACUUCUUCCACAUCGAUUUCGGUUAUAUUCUAGGUCGGGACCCGAAGCCCAUGGCCCCGCUUAUGAAACUGAGCAAAGAAAUGGUGGAAGGGAUGGGCGGCGUGGCUGCAGGCACCGAGUCGCAGUUUGAAGCCUUCCGACAGUACUGCUUCACGGCUUACACUACGCUACGACGCAGCUCGAAUCUGAUACUCAAUCUGUUUGCGUUGAUGCAGGAGGCCAAUAUUCCCGGGCUGGCGAUCAUGGGAGCUGGCGAUGCGGCUGUUAGGAAGGUGGAAGAGAGGUUUAAGCUGGAUGUUAGUGAGGACGAGGCAUUAGGGUUCUUUGCACAGCUGAUUGAGAGGGAGAUGGGCGCUUGGGCACCGGUGUUGAUUGACCGUCUGCAUGGACUGGCUCAGGGGUGGAGGGCAUGA